AAAGUAGCCACCUCCUUAGCGCUCGUCUGCGGAGAGAUGUCGUCUGUUUGUCCACGGCCAACAUUUGGACAGACAGAAGGUGAUGUGGAGGCAAUGGCAAGUUGGCAUCAGAGCAACAUCAAGCCGAUCAGAAACCAGGUCAAGGAUCUGAAGUUGUUGCCACACGAGCAGGCGUUAUUCGAUGUUGGCGAGCUUCACGGUACCACGCACGUCGGGACAUCGUCUCUGCCCUGAGUGCGGACGAGCACGGCCAGAAUUCGGAGGAACGGUGCUUAGUGUACAGGCCGAUGGGAGAGAAGGAGUGCAGCUUCCUGUUGCAGAACGGAACCUUGCCACAUUCCCAGCCUUACCAGACCAUUGUCAGGCCAGACGAGGGCAGGCGUUACGCAGAGAAGUAUUUGCGCGGCCAUAAGCAAGUGCAUUCAUCGCCGACCACAGUGGUCGAAUUUAUGCCACGUGCUUUGGUGGACAUGCUUUUCGAUUUGCAAAUCAAGAGCGAGGACGGCGCAAUUUCGCACGGACUGAGGGACAAAGGCGGAACGGGCUUGCCGCUGUUCAAUGCCAGCUUUUAAAGUUGCGAGUUCACAUGUCGCAUUGUCCUAGUCAAGCGCUCUCACGUCAAGGACACUCCGCCGUUCGGGAGCAUUCGACGGCGUGCCAGGUGAGAUGCGCAUGCCUUCAGCCAGAUGGUGCCCCAGUGCGCUCAUUACACCCACCCACA